UGAUCACCAAAACUGCCUGCUCAUUGGCAUCGGGCCAUCAGGAACAGAAAGAAAAGGCUUGGCGUCAUCUUCUCGUUUUGUCAGCAAUUGAGGGGGUGGGGGAUGUCUUAUGUCUAGAUGUGUUCCGAUUACAACCACCAUUCUGUUCGGCAGCCAGCUCUAGCCCAACAGUAUUUUUCUCUCACACCACUCUAGCCACCGGCUCCAGCCAGCCCAACAGUAUUUUUCUCUCACACGGUUCCAGCUCCAGCCUGACGAACGCAGUGUUGUAGUCGGGGCAUUGGAUUGGAUUUGGAGUGGGGGUAAACCAAGGUAUAAUGUAGCAAUUGAGAAUCAUCAUGUGUUGGUUGAUGACUGCAGUAAAACAGAUGCUCCUUUUCACCAGGGAACAGAGGCAGCGCUCCAAUCGCAGGAGCUGGCCGCCGGCCGCACCCGCACGUCCUUCGCCAUGGCCGGUCCAGAAGCUGCAAGAUCUGUGCGCGUGGCUUCCCAUCAAUUGUUGCAGGGGAGGAGAUUGGCGUGGCCCCCCAAAUAAUCCCCUCCUGCACAAGCGAAGAUGAGCGCGAGCAGCCACGUCGUAGCGUCGCCGGAAGCCACCACAGGCCACCACCACCACCGCUUGCUGGUGACCCUCGCUCGCCAUGGCCGCUUCGCCGCCGCCGCCACCCUCUUCACCGCGUGCUGCAACACCCGCGCCCUCAACUCCCUCCUCGCCGCGCUCUGCUCUUCCCCGGCGUUCCUCCGCGUCGCCCCCUCCGUCCUCCUCCGCGCCGCGCCGCACGCCGCCCCGGACGCCACCACCUUCCGCAUCCUCACCUUCGCGCUGUGCCGCGCCCAGCGACCCGCCGCCGCCGUCGAGCUCCUGCGAUGCAUGCCCGGCCUCCUGCUCGACCCGGACGAGCGCCACUGCCGCGCGGUCCUCGCCUCGCUCUGCCGCUGCGCCCCCGCUCGGGACGCGCUAGCGUUUCUGGAUGACAUGCGCCGGUGGGGCGUCUCGCCCAGCGGGCCGGACCACCACGCCGUCGUCGACGCGCUCCUCCGGGAGGGGCUGGCGGCCGAGGCGUACGGGGUCGUGGCGAAGCAGAUGGACGCCGACGGGGUGCGCCCGGGCAUCCUGGAGUUCGAGCGAGUGCUCCGCGCCUUCCGCGAGAACAGAUCGUUCGACGCCGUCGAGGAGGCGUUCGACGAAAUGCUCCUGCGGGGGCUCGUGCCGGGCGCGCGCGUCUACGACGUCUACGUCGGCGCGCUGUGCGACAAGGGCGACCUGGCCGGCGCGCGCCGGAUGCUGGGGUGCAUGGAGCGCGCGGGGUGCCCGCCCGGCGUGACGACGUUCGGCGUCGUGGUGGCCGGGUGCGUGGCCGCUGGGGACACGGACGCCGCGAGGGAGGUGGCGCGGGAGGCGGCCAGGCGGGGCCUGCGGUGGGACGCGCCGGCGCUGUCGGAGCUGGUCGGCGCCCUGCGUCUGCGUGGCGGCGGCCAUCUCGCGCGGGCGCCGGGGCUGCUGCUGGACAUCCUGUGUGACGGUUGCGCGGCCGGGUUGGAUCCGUCGGCGUUCGAGCAGCUCCCCUCAUUGGAGGAGGCCACCGACCAACCCGUAGUGGGUGCAGCAAUUUGCAGUGAUUCAUACUACUAGCAAUUAACAGGCAUGUUGGGUUUAGGUUGUUGUGCAUCUAGCUUCACAGUGUCACCAGGCCGUCUUGUCCUGUGCCUACAGCCCUACAAACUCACAAUCUGUGAGACCAUUCUCAGUGCAAGUAUUUCAUCUUCAUUAAAUAACAUGCCAUAUAGGUAAAAGUGAUUUCAUGACAUGUAAUUUAAAAAGAAAAAGAAAAAUAGAGUUUCACGGUAAUGAAACUUGGUGUACAUAAUUACCAAGAACUAUGAAACUACAAUGAAACUCUAUUGAGAGGGUUUGAGUUUUA